CCCGACGUUGCGUCAAAAUGGUCCUCAAUGCUCUUGUGAACAAGCCUAACCGUGUCGUGGAGAAGCAGAAGCUCGUGCAGAGCUCACACGAGCCCAUAUACUACCGUCUGCCUCGCUCGAAGCUCUACGUCAACGCGUACUUCGCCCUCUUCACGGUGGGCAUGCUCAGCUCGACGUACGGUAUCUACCGGCUCAUCCGGGGCAAGCCCGCUGGUGAAUGAUUGGUCUAGCACACAGAUGCAAUGUCAAUGUAGCCUUUCGUCGUUCUUAAUUUCAAC